ACAUUGGUCGUGGCCUGCAAGCUGUCCUGCUUCCCUGUGGCAGGAGCGACAGAUGUGGCUAUGGCGAGCGACUUCAUUUCAUUCCAUUUGCCCGCGCAAGAUAAGCGGGAACUCAAAAUCCUCGAAUGGCUUACGCAUAACCAAGGCCCGAGUCGCCACCCUGAAAUACGAAGAUAUCGAACCCCAGGAACCGGUGCAUGGGUAUUUUCCCAGCCACAAUUCAAAAAGAAUGGAUCGAUAUUGAUUCCACAGCAAAUUUUCUGUGGUGUAUUGACGGACCCGGCUUUAGAAAGUCAACAUUGAUGUCAUUCGUGAUUGACGAGGUCCGAAGCUCUCACACCGGCGCGGAUGCAGCAGCAGUGUACUACUACUGCGACUAUCGGAUGCGUACCUCACAGCCUUUGGUUUCAAUACUCGGGUCCAUGAUAAAGACAUUUGCUGAGCGGUUGAAUAGCCUCCUACCCUCCCUUAGUCAGUUAUAUGAUACCUGUCACCGGGAGAGCCGGCCACCUUAGAAAUCGGAGCUGGACGCCAUCCUGAAUGAGGUCUGCUGUCUACUCAAGUCUCCGCCCGUUCUGAUCGAUGCACUAGACGAG